AUGGAAAAUUAUCAUGUGUUACAUUUAAUUGGUGAAGGCUCUUUUGGGAAGGUAUAUAAGGGAAGAUGGAAGAAAAGUAACUAGAUGGCUGCUUUGAAGUUCAUAAGUAAGAGAGGAAAAACUGAAAAAGAUUUAGCAAAUUUGAGAUAAGAAAUUGAAAUAUUGAGGAGAUUGAAGCAUGAAAAUAUAAUAUUAUUAUUAGAUGCAUUUGAAACGCAAGGGGAAUUUUGUUUAGUAACUGAAUUUGCAUAAGGCGAAUUAUAUGAAAUUUUGGAGGAUGAUCAUAAUCUUCCUGAAAGUGAAGUCAGGAAAAUUGCGUAAUAAUUAGUUAGAGCACUUCAUUAUCUUCAUUCUAACAGAAUUAUUCAUAGAGACAUGAAACCUUAAAAUAUUUUAUUAUCUGCUAAUGGAGUUGUUAAAUUAUGCGAUUUUGGAUUUGCAAGAGCAAUGUCAACAAAUACACAAGUUUUGCAUUCCAUUAAAGGUACUCCGCUUUACAUGGCGCCAGAGUUAGUUCAAGAACAGCCCUAUAAUCACACAGUCGAUCUGUGGUCAUUGGGGGUGAUUUUGUAUGAAUUAUUUGUUGGCUAACCUCCAUUCUACACUAAUCAAAUUUAUUCCUUAAUUCAACUUAUUAUUAAGGAUCCUGUCAAGUAUCCUGACAACAUGAGUCCAGAAUUCAAAAGUUUCUUAAAAGGACUCUUAAAUAAAACUCCUUCUGAUAGAUUAGGAUGGCCAGAUCUACUUAAUCACCCUUUUAUACAAGAGUCUGAUUAAGAAAAAUAUGAAAGGAAAAAAAGAUUAGAAUAAUAUAGUUAAUGGGCAGGAGUGGAAAAUGAAGUGAUUGAUAAACGCAAAAGAUCCUUAACGCCGACAAGGGAUAUCAUAACUUAUGAUUAAAGUAAGGACACAAGAGAUGUGUCGCCUAGAAGAAUGCCUUGUAAUGAUGAAUAUUGGGUUAAAUGUGAAUAAAUCGCUAAUGAUGUUCAAGGAGCCACUUAAUUAAGAUGUGACCCUGGAUUCUUAGAUAAGCUACUUCAAGUGUUGACUCCUCCAAAGAAACCAUCAUUGCAUUGCGCUUUGAAAGUCUUUGGAUAAGUUAUAACUAAAGGAAAUUAAUAAGAGGGCUUGGAUGUUGUGAAAAAUUAAUAAAUCCCUAUUUAAUUAGUAACUCAUGUGAAAAGUAUUCUUAAAUAAGGUAGUUCUGAGCUGCUAUCUGAAUUAAUUAAAACAAUAGGUCUUUUAGCCAAAGCUACCUUUGAUAAAAAUAUAGGAAUCGAUAAUGUCUUUAUCAAGUUUAUUGGAAUGACUGCCCAAAUUUUAAAGAUUGGAUAAAAUAAUGAAUUAAUCAACACAAUCAAAACUAUUGGAAUAUUUGCUAAUUAAGCUAGUCUAAAUCCAGUAAGAUCUGUGUUAUUUUAUAAAGAAUUAGUUGAGCAUAACUUAGCUUAAGAAACCGCCAAAUUAACAAAAAAUAAUAUUACUCUUCACAAAUUUGCUACUUAAGUAAUUGGUGUAUUGAUACAUCCUAUUCAUGGGGAAAUAUUUAGUUUCCCAUGGAAGAAAGGAUAUUCUAUUUAAAUUUAAAAUUUUAAUGAAGCUUUGCCAUUGUUUGAGUCUUUGAAAAAUCAAAUUGUUACUGCAUAUGCUGAUAUUGAUCAUAUGAAAAUUUAUAAUGAAUAAGAUGAAUAAUAAAAUUUAACAAGAAUUUCUGUAUUAAGAAUCCUAUUAUAAAUGAUUAGAGUAAGUAAGGAUGUUCACGUUCCUAAAGAGCUGAUUAGUUAGGCCCUUAAUUCUGAUGAGGCAUUAUUUUAAGGCACUGCUUUGUUGAUCUUAGUUCAAUAAUAUAAAAAUAAAAAUUAGGAAUAUCAAGUGAAUUUAUCAUAAGUGAUCGAAAUCUUUGAAAAUAAUAUUUAGAUUAAUCCUAUUGUUUCUUUAUCUGCAAUUUAAUUGAUUGCUGAAUUAUUAUAAUAGGAGACUAAUUUUACAAAUCAAUUACUUAGCUAUUUUAGUUAAUAGCUUCCCUAUAAAUUGUUAAGUGACCUAGUCAAUCCAAAUAAAAAACAAAAUAGAACAGAAGAAAUCAGAAAACUAGAAGGUAGUAGUUUUGGAUGUCCUAGUUAUGGAUUUGUCGAUGGAGUCAUUACAUUAUUACAAAAACUACUUUUUAGAUAUAAUAAGGAAUAAAAGAAAUUAACUGAUCUUUUUUAAUUAUUGGAAAAAUAUGAAAUUCAUCAAUUAUUAUUUUAGAUACUACUAAAUAUCACAAGCAGGAAUGACGUAUCUCCAAAAGGAUUCGUAUCUUUAUUGAUAUUGAUUCAUGAUUCAAUAUACUCUAAUUUCAAAGCAUUAGGAUAAUUAAUAUUUUAGGAUAAUUCAAUUAGGAUUUUAUGUUCUUUUUUAAAAGAAGCUUAAUUACAAAGCAUCUAAGAAUGGCCAUCUUCCAGUGGAGGAGGUAUGGCUUGUGUAAAUGUAAUGAGCAUUUAAAUUAUUCGAAUCUUCAUUUUGGCAUUCUAAGAACAAAAUUGUGAUAAUGUAUUUAAAGAAUUGAGUAAUUAAGAAAUAGUUGCUUUGACAUUAAAUUUGAUUAAAUAUCUAUAGAAGGAUCAUAUAUAAUUAGUUAUUUCAUUCAUUUCAAGAUUAGUAGGAAAUAAUGAAGAAGAUAAACAGUUUGCAUAAAGUUUUGUUUAAAAUAAUGGAUUGGCAAUCUUAUAAAAAUAUUAAAUAAUGAGUGUGGAUUCAAUAAACAUCUUGUCUUAAUUAGCUAGGAUUAGUAAAGAUUUUUAUCCAAAUAUACAUUCGAUUAAUUUAUACAACGAUUUGAAAUAGCAAAUUUAAUCUCCUGAUUCAAAUGUUAGAGCAAAAGUUUGCAAUUUAAUUGGCAAUUUAUGUAGACAUUCUUCUUUUUUUUAUGAACAUUUACUCAAAUUUGAUUUAAUUAAUCUUUGCAUCAAAUGUUGUCAAGAUCCAGAUAAACAUACUCGUAAAUUUGCUUGUUUUGCAGUUGGAAAUGCAGGCUUUCAUAGUGAUAGAUUAUAUGAACAGCUAAGACCUGUAGUGCCAAUGCUGGUUGACUUACUAAGAGAUUAAGAAGAAAAAACUAGAGCAAAUGCAGCAGGAGCAUUAGGAAAUUUUGUAAGAAAUUCUAAUGCCUUAACUAAGGAUUUGAUUAAACAUGGAGCUUUGCAUUAAUUGCUAGAAUUAGUGAAAACAGACAAAGGAUCUCAACCUACAAGAAUAUCCUUAUUUUCUAUAGGAAACCUUUGUGCAUAUCCUGAGUGCAGAAAAAAGUUUGAAGAAUUACAAAUAAGAUAGAUAAUUGAACUGACUUUAGCUUAAACUAAGGAUUAAUAAAUAUUAAAAUAUGGUAAAAGAAUAUUAAUUAAACUUGAUGAGAAUUGA